AUGGCAAGACCGGCCCCGCCAAAGGAUCCGAGGUUGCAAGGAACGGACACAAUACUCGGCGCAAGCCACCACUUCAGACCUCGGAAAUUACGUGAACCAGAGGAAGAUGUGCAUGCGUUUGAUAGAGAUCUAUUCCGUGAACUGGACGCGUUGGGACGCGCUGACCGUGAAGGGCGACGCAUGCGCAGGUGUGACAGUGAUGAGUCGAUGGACUGGGACGACGAAUCGACGCUCGUAGCCAUGCUUCAAGACGCCUCGCCUGAGGACGAUGAAGACGAGUUUCUACUCGCGCUGGUGAACAAGCUCAAGGCACCGAUGUCGGCGCAAAGUGUCUCCUUAAAGCAGUACCUCGCCGAUACCCUCCUCCCCGUUAUAACUCGCAUGAAAGAAGCACACGAGACUAUGGAAGAUCAUGUUGAUCUCGCUUUCGGCACGGGCAUCCUGGCCUUCGAUGAAGUCUGCAAAAAGCUCGAGGCGAUAGCGCUUCGCGACGAGGACGAGCUCAAGACCGCAUAUAUGGACUCUCAGACUAAGAUCCAAGUUCUUCUUGCGCAACUGCAAACCGCAUAUACUCGCCGCGACGAAUUCUUUUCCACGGUUUCGACUGAACUGGACGCUCGCGCUGCUGGUGCUACCUCUGCUUUGGAGUCGCUCUCGGCACAACUUGAUCACACGGUCUCCCAACUAGAGAAGAAGAGCAAGGAGCUCGACAAAGAGAGCAGUGCGGCGUCCAAGCAGAAAAUGCUCCGCGGGAUCCUCGAGAAGCUUGCUUGA